AAUUUCUUCAGCACGAUUUGCAGCAAGUGUAGAGAUGGAAGUCUAUUAGCCAACAGUCGGGGAAAAAGGACUUGGUGAACAUGCCAGUUUGUUAUGAAGAGGGGUUUUCCCCAUUCUCUAAUCCAGGAGAAAGACCUGAUGGUUCAAUGGACUAUGUUGUUAUUAGUGGUAUUUCCUGUCGUCUGCCAGAAUCCGAAAAUAUGGAGGAAUUUAAAAAGCAUUUGAUGAGAGGAGACAACAUGGUAACAGAAAAUAGAAGAUGGGAACCAGUAUCACAUGGUCUGUCUUCUAAAUCUGGAACCCUGGCAGACAUCAGUAAAUUUGAUGCAGCAUUUUUUGGUGUUCCACCCAAACUGGCUGACAGUAUGGAUCCUCAGUUACGUGUCAUGUUGGAAUUAACUCAUGAAGCACUAGUAGAUUCAGUUACCUGA